CGCAGACUGUAGCGGGCAGUUGUGUCGAGUGCGCUGCUGUUAACUCUCUUCCCUCUCUCUCGCUCUCCCUCUCUCCUUGUCCCUUUCCCAGCGACCUCUCACUGCAGUCACCACCCUCACAAACCAAGCAUCAUGGAGGGAGAGGAGUUUCGCCGAGCUUCCCAGGAGAUGACGGAUUUUAUCAUCAAUUACCUGGACAACAUCAGAGACAGGCGUGUGUUGCCCAAGGUGGAGCCAGAGUAUCUUCGACCUCUCCUCCCUGACGCAGCGCCGGACACACCAGACACUUGGCAGGACGUGAUGAAGGACAUAGAGAGGGUUAUCAUGCCCGGGAUCACCCACUGGCACUCUCCUCAGUUUCACGCCUACUUUCCCACCGCCAAUUCCUACCCUUCCAUUCUGGCGGACAUGCUGAGUGGCGCUAUUGGCUGCAUCGGGUUCUCCUGGAUCGCGUCGCCGGCCUGCACUGAGCUUGAGGUGGUUAUGAUGGACUGGUUGGGAAAGUUGAUCGGCCUGCCUCCUGUCUUCUUAGCCUCCUCAGACGGUCCAGGUGGUGGUGUGAUACAGGGCACAGCAAGCGAGGCGACACUGGUGGCAAUGUUGGCAGCCAAGGUGAAGAUUCUGGAUGAGAUGGGAGAGAAGGGCAAGGAAAGGAAACUCGAGAAUAAAACCCACACCUUGGUUGCUUACUUCUCAGAGGAGGCGCAUUCAUCGGUGGAGCGGGCGUGCAUGUUGGCCAGCGUGACGCCCAGGAAGGUGCGUGUGGACGGCCAGCACGCCCUUAGAGGAGACGCACUGAGGGAGGCGGUGCAGGAGGACAAGAAGAGAGGUCUGGUUCCCUUCAUGGUGGUGAGCACGAUGGGGACAACAGGCGUGUGUGGCUUUGACAACCUGAGGGAGAUCGGGGAGGUGGCGCAGGAGACUGGUCUGUGGCACCACGUUGACGCUGCCUAUGCUGGGGCUUCUCUGGUGUGUGAGGAGUUCCGCUACCUGGCUGACGGAGUGGAGCUCGCUGACAGCUUCGAUUUCAACCCCCAUAAGUGGCUGCUGAUUAAUUUUGACUGUUCUGCUAUGUGGCUUCGGGAUGCGAGGUAUUUGGUGAACGCCUUCAGUGUGGACCCCCUGUACCUCAAACACGAAUACCAGGGCCAGAUACCGGACUACAGACACUGGCAGAUCCCACUCGGCCGCCGCUUCCGAUCCCUCAAGAUGUGGUUUGUGAUGCGUCUGUUCGGGAGAGAAGGACUGCAGGCACACAUUAGAGAGCAGGUCUCCCUCGCACACCAGUUUGAAGAGCUAGUGAAGUCUGACCGGCGCUUCAAAGUGACUCAUCCUGUGACACUGGGACUUGUGUGUUUCAGGCUGAACGCGGACAACGAGGUGAACGAGGAGCUGCUGAAGAAGAUCAACGCAGCGGGAGUGAUUCACAUGGUGCCCGCCAAGCACCAAGACAUGUUCUACCUUAGGUUUGCAGUGUGUUCUCGCCUGACGGAGGAAAGGGACGUGGUGUUAGCCUGGCGUGAGGUGGCCAAGCAGGCAGACACUGUGAUGAAAUGAGCUGAUGAUGUCUGAUGUGCUGGCUAGACUAGAUUAAGAAGGUCUUCCUCUUCUUCCUCUUUUUCCUCAUCUUCUUCUUCUUCUUCUUCUUCUUCUUCUUCUUCUUCUUCUUCUUCUUCAUUUGCUUUUUUUUUUUUUAUUAUUUGAUAAGUAAGGUUCUGUAAUACUUUUAAAGGCGAGACACGUAUGUACAAUAACAAUGCUUCCCUUAAAAUGUCGUCACUCUUGCCUGAAUUAAAGUAACACAGAACAUUAUUAUUAUUAUCAUUAUUAUUAUUAUUAUUAGUAUUAUUAUUAUCAUUAUUAUUAUUAUUAUUAUUAUUAUUGUUAUUAUUAUUAUUAUCAUUUUUACUGUUGUUAUUAUUAUUUUUGUUGUUAUUGAUCAAAACUCCUUUCGUAUUUCUUUACUAAAUGUCAAAAUGUUUUGUUUCAUUUCAUAUUUAUCUCUCGAUGGUCUUUUUUUCUCUAUUCACUGGUUUUUUUUCUUUUUAUCUGUUCAUUUAUUUACGUUUUACUUCACGCAUUUCUUGUUUCUCUAUUAUCAAAGUACUUCGUUUUAUAUCACACCUAGAUGAAUUUCUCUAUUAUUUCGCUGUAGAAUUCUUCACAUCUUGCUUUCAACUCAACUUGUUUCUCUAUUUCCUUGCUAAUGAUCGAAACAGAACAUUUAAUCUUAUAUAUACCAUUAAUUGUGAACUCUGUCAUUCGCUUCACAAUAUGAGAAACACUUAUCAUUUUUUUAUCUAUCAUUAUCUAUCUGCCAUUCUAUUUAUCACUAAUAUCUCGUUUUGCAAUAGACUGUCCCUCAAAGCAACUCAUUUCUCUAUUUCAAGAUAAAGAAACACCUAUCGUUCUUUUUAUCUAUCACUAUCUAUCUGUCACUCCAUCUAUCACUAAUAUAUCUCGUUUUGCAAUAGGCUAGCGACUCUAUCUUCCAACACAGCCUUUUUUCUCUUAAUGAUCAAAAUAACACGUCCUAUAUUUUUAGAUUCAACAGCAUAGACUUCAUUUCUUUUCUUUUCGUUCACUAUUAAUCUAUCUUCCAGCACAACCUGUUCCUGUAUUCUAAAGAUCAAAAACACCACGUCCUGUCACAAAUAACAUCACUAUGCAGGUUAAUUUAUCUGUCUGUCAUAAUAUACUGCUACUUAUCAUUCAAUGCAAACCAUUACUAUUUAUGAAAAAAAAUCUAUCGUUAUGUACUUUUUUUUUCGUUUUCUGUAAUGCUUCAAGGACAAGACAUAAGAAUGCUUCCCGAAAGAUAAAAACAACUUAGUCAGUCUUGCCUUGAGGUAGAACAGACAAGCGCCAUGGUUGUAUUUUCGAAACCUUUCAUUCUGCCAUAUAUUAUAAUUGUGUGUUGACAUUGUAUGGUGUAACACGAAUUUCUUCUGGUAUUGGUAGAGGUGAGGUCACAUGUUAAUUGUAUUUUUCACACCAAGGCUAAACAACGCUUCAAAAUAUGUGCUUAGAACAUUCUCCAUUUAGAAUAAUUUGUUUUUCUAUUAUCUAAGUGCUACGUUUCAUUUCACACCUCACAAGGACUGAUAUUUCGUUGUCAAAUUCUUAUCUGUCUUCCAACUUAAUCUCUCUAUCGAUCCCCGCAGAAACUUGUGUCACCCUAAAAAUGCUCCUAUGCUAAGUUUUAUUUGCUCGUGACAACAUUUAUCUUGCAGUUGUCUUUCGUGAUUAUACAAUUGUACUUUUUACAUUAAACUUAAGUUGGUUGAUGUUGGUUAAAACUUCAUUAUUAAGCUGAGUUAGAACGUUAUAACCUAACCUUACGUCCAGUGAUAAUUUUUCAAAAUGUAUAUGUAUUUAGUUCAUGUUGAAAUCAAAAUAUUAACAACCACACGCUGGUAAAGACGAAGAGAGGAGGCUGCAUCAACAAGUGCUUCCCUGCGCCCCCCUCUCUCUCUCUUCCCUAUUUUGAAACACUUAAUCUCACAUCCACUUUAUCCUGAAGGCUCUAUUUGAAAUUACACAGGUUUUCAGAGGAUUUCUAUGGUUCUAAUGGCAGAUUUACAAGAUUUCUACAUUAUAAACAAGAGAAACCCUCUUAACAACCAGGCUAAUCAUCUAUAUGGCCCUGGAAGAUAGUCGUUGUGAGAGAUCAAAGUGCUUCAAACUGUGAAAUGAAAACUGUGAUACUCAAGUGCUUCUCAAUUAAUACAAAUAGUUGGUAAGGACAGAAUUAUAUCGAAGUAUAUUUCACAAUGCUCCCCGAUGCUUCCCGAACGAUAAUGAGCAGUAACGAAAUGUGCUUCCUAAGAGAGAUGAAUAAAAUGUUUUGGCUA